CACCGCCUUACGUGUUAAUUUAGCUUGGACGGGUAGUACAAGGAGAGUUACUAAGGAAUUCGAGCGACUAUGGAAAUAACUGUCAGAGAACGGUAUUCUGCUCUGGCAGUUAUCGUUAUUGGCUCGCAGUUCUAGUUCUCUGGCAGUUAUCGGGCUACCACCACAGGUAACGUGGAAGCUGGUAACGGAAUAACUGUGUGUCUAGACGUUCCUGACUCGGUGACUUCAGUUAAAGGUCGUAGAUCCCGGUGUUAUUUCCAGAGAGGGUAGUAACUGGAGCGAACAAAUAUUUUCGUACUGCUACGGGCCAUCGGGGAGAGGGGAUGGCAAAUAACUGGAAUCUGACAAGCGAAAUGUGGUCAUAUUUCGAAACUCUUGAUCGAGAGUUUGCGAAAUGUACUUUGUGCGGUAAGAAAUUAUCGUACAAAUCGACGACGACGAAUUUAAAGAAACAUCUCCAGAAAUCACAUUUAAUUGUGAAUUUCUCUUCACAAAGACCUUCGGAGCUAGAUUUGGGUGAAACCCUUCCUGUAGAGGUGAUCCUUGGCACCAGUAGUGUGGAAGAGGAGCGAGCUGCUCCAGCCCCCUCAAUGCAGCAAGGUGUUCAAAGUUCUAUGACAUCGUACCUCUCCAAAAGGAUCGGAGUGAACCAGAAAAAGAAGAUAGAUGGGCAACUUCUUCAGCUCUUCACUAAAGACUUCCAACCAUUUUCAGUCGUUGAAGAUUCGGGGUUUUGUGCGGGCCCUUAAUCCUGGUUAUGAGUUACCAAGCAGGAAGCAUAUUUCAGAUGUAAUGCUGCAAGCAGCAUACACAGCAGCAAAGGAGAAAGUGGUAGACAAACUGUCACCUGCGAAGACAGUUUGUUUGACCACAGAUUGCUGGACAUCGGCAGCAAAUGAAGGUUACAUGGCGGUAACAGGGCAUUUUGUGUCUGAAGAUUUCACCUUGCAAUCUGUGUUGUUAGGAUGUUCCCAAUUCUCUGGUGCACAUACUGCUCCGAAUCUGUCGGUAUCUCUAAUAGGCAUGACAGAUAACUUCAGGCUGACAGACAAAGUUUUGCUGGUUGUGACGGAUAAUGCACCAAAUAUUAAAAAUGCAGUAUCCAUUUUAAAGUGGAAACACUUUGGGUGCUAUGCACAUACACUAAAUCUUAUUGUUCAGAAUGCACUAAAACAUUUUGUGUCAAUUCAGCAGAAAGUGAAAACUAUUGUAGCAUUCUUCAAGAGAAGCUGCAAGGCAACAGAAAGACUGCUGACAUACCAACAAAAUAAUGGGGCAGGUCAUGUUAAGAAACUGGUGCAGGAGGUGCCAACAAGGUGGAACUCUACUCUGUGUAUGUUGGAGCGAAUAGUUGAAAUUAAAGAUGCGGUGAAGACUUCACUUGUACUAUGCACAGUUGAUUUUGAACAACUGACAGAUGAGGAAUGGAACAUCUGCUCAGAACUCUGCUCUGUGUUGAAGCCAUUUGCACAGGUUUCAACACAGCUUAGUGCUGAGUCAUAUCCUACUGGCAGCCAAGUUAUUGUUCUGACAAGGGGAUUAUUAUCAGUGUGUGCAGAACUUUUGAAAAGGCCAUUUAACAGUGUGACAAGGACUAUCAUUGAAGAAUUAACAAAAGGCCUGAAGGACCGUUUCCACAAUGUAGAGAUGAGCAAAUCUAUAGGAGUAGCCACUCUACUAGAUCCACGCUUUAAAUCUCUUGUGUUUGAAAGCCGAGUUGCAGCAGAUAAUGCAAAGAAACAGCUUAUUGAACUAGUAGCACAAAAGAUGGGUAACAGAAGACUGACAAACACAGGCCAGAGCCAUGAAACUGUGUCAACUUCAACCACCACUGAUCCCUUGUCAGUAUGGGGUGUCUAUGAUGCAAUUAUAAAAUCAACACAGCCCCAGGGCACUCCUCAGUCAGCUGCUAUUGUGGAAGUACAAAGGUACAUGGACAGCCCAGUUAUUAGUAGAAGUGAGGAUCCACUGGCAUGGUGGCGUGAAAAUCAAUAUAUUUUCCCAAAUGUUGCUAAAGUGGUGAGGGAAAAAUUCAAUAUAGUGGCCACUUCUGUGCCGUGCGAAAGAAUAUUUUCUAAAACUGGUAUCAUUAUAAAUGAAAGGCGAACACGGCUGAAGGCGUCCAAAGUUGAAAAACUUAUAUUUCUAAAUAUGAACAGCACUAACUCCUGAAUUUCCUGUUACAGGUAGUGGAUUCGAGAGGCACACCAACACCAGCAGAUGAGUCUCCGUUUAAUACUUGGGAUAUUAUAACAGUAAGUUAUAGCUCCAGAAGUCAGUCACCAGCAGCAGAUGUCACACAUUUAUAAAAUGGGAAACUUGAAGAAUAAGUUAUAGCUCCAGAAAACCGCCACCCUAGCUCCAGAAAACCGCCACCAGCAGCAGAUGUCACACAGUUAUAAAACGGGAAACUUGAAGAAUAAGCUCCAGAAGUCAGCAGCAGCACACAGCCAUAAUGCGAGAAGCUUGAAGAAUAAUAGCUCUUUGUUCCAGUUAUGGCUCCGAUAGUCUUCCAGCAGCAGCAAAUGUUACACAGUCCUAUCGAGGCAAACUUGAAGUAUGAGGUAAUAGUGUUUUGCAUAGAAUGGCAAACUUGACCUUUCACUUAAAAUGGAGGUACAUUUGCACUGAGUUUAAUGUUAUGACACGUGAAUGGAUUACCAGUGAUGUAUAUGUAAAUACUGGAAUUUGUAACUUAGAACUUAAUUUCAGUAUCGGCUUUGAAAUUUGGUCACUGGAUACAACUAUAUUAUCUUUCAUGUUGAUAGCAGCAAUCAUCAGAUUGCAAUCCAGUUUAGUACCUGUGAGGCAUGAGAUGUCAAAAAUACUUGUGGGUUAUUGGUAGCCUGUGUCGAGGCAUGUGGCACCUCAAAGUUUGUAAGUACAGUAGCAUUUUGUUUUCUGCUUUACUUAAAAAUUGUUAGCUGUAGCACCCAUUCUGACAUUUAAUUAUUUUGAAUUUCAAGUUUCUUAAAAUAAUACUGACAUCAGUUUAAUGUGUGUUAACACUAAGCCAUAUAUUAUUGUUAAUAUAUGCUAUUUUCCUCAGAUGUUAACUGAAAUUGUUUUAUUGUAAUGAUAACAACACUUCAGCCUUUGUAGACUUGCAGUAUAUGUUACCUGCUGAGAAAUAUUUACUGGAAGAAAUGGUUUCUUUGAAUAGGACCGAAAGGAAUACCACUGAAAAUGCCAAACGUGAAUUGGUGAAACCUCUUGUGCUCAAUACUAAUUUCAUUUGGAAAACACAGAAGUUUUUUGGUGGAACACAACAAAUUCUCAUAAUUUUGCUAGUUUGUAUUCUAGAAAGGGUGCCAGAAAUGGAAGAGUAUAAUUUUUAUUAAAUCGGGCAUUAAAUGUAAGUAGGUUGGAGUACAGAAAGGGUGCAACUGGCCUUUCCCACUGUAGCCUGAUGUGCUCCAACAUGCAUUUGUACUGAUGUGCAGGUGGUUAUAACACUAGUAUCAAACUGCAUGGUAACCACUUACUAAUGUGACCUACCCUUGCAUGAUCUGCUGCAGACAGCAAGAUAUCCGCUACUGCUCUUACUACCUGUCCAACAGUUGUGGAGGAUUUUUUCCCCUUGGUGCUUGCCAUGACAUGUUUUGCCCUCUGCCCUUAAAAUCUCAAUUCUUGUUACAUUUUUCAUCCAUUUUCUAUCUCCUGAUGGACCUGUAUUGAUUAAAAAGCUAAUCUAUGUAGAGGUGAUUGUAGAACUUUUGCUAGUGGCAGUGUGGAGGGGCUCCACUCUUUAAAAAAUGAAAUGACAUUGUGGGACAUGGAAUUAUUAUUAGAGGCUUUCAUGGACAUUUUGUAUACUGAAAAAGUCAGUCAUUAUCUGAGGUAUUUAAAUGUUAACUUCAAAUAUAAAACUGCAUCAAAAGAUAAAUUUCAGUAAGUCUUUAACAAGUUUCAGUAUCUUGCUUCACAUGCUGGACCCUCCAACUAUAAAAAAGUGUUUUGCAGAGAACAGCUAUUCAGAUGUUAACAUCCCAGAAUUUGUGUAAAAGAUAUCCCUUACAUUGUUAGUUUCAUUGUGGUCACACACUACAGUGUAGUUUUAUCAGCAUACAUAUAGAAGUUUGAAGAACAUAUUAAAUUAAUUGCUAGACAUGCCUUGAGUGAAUAUGUUUACUACUAAUGUGAGUCAGCUAAGUAGUUGCUGCAAGUUUUUAUGUUGUUUCUAAAGUGUCUUUAGACAAGGAUAUUUCUGCUGUUUGUUUCCUGCUCUUCUGUUUCAGAUAACUUCUCAUAUAUGCAGCAACUGCUGAAGCAGCCUCUGGCAGUUUAUUGAAGUUCCGUGAACAAAGUGUUGUGUGGUCUGUUUGUGUAAAGUGAUAAAGAACAAUGUUAAAGUGUAAUUGCAUAUGUAAUUGUGUAUAUAUUUAAUCAUUAUUUUUGCUACUUGUAAGAUCUAUUUUCAUGUAAAUCAGAACAUUGUACAAUAGGUAACAACCGAAUGAGGCAGUGUAGCUAUUAACAGCACUGACCUCAUAUUCGGGAGGAUGGGGUUCGCUCUGUCUGGCCAUCCUGAUUCGGGUUUUCCGUGGUUUUCCUGGAUCGCUAAGGCAAAUGCCGGGAUGGUUCCUUCAUCAAGGCCACGGCUGACCACCUGUCCCAACCUUAAAGAGAUCCUUUAAACAUUGUGUGUAUUCCCAAAUUUUGAAUUAUUGAUGUUUGUUGUAUUAUGUUGAGAUGUUCUUGGAUGAAAUAAAAAAGUUUAUACAUUUGUA